AUGGCCGCCAGAAUCACUCUCCAGAGCUACCUCAAGGCUCCCAAGACGCCAUCUCUCGCCAAUGGCAUCAAGAACACUCGCACCAUCGCGACCUUCAAGGUGCCUGCCGUGAACAACGAGCCCAACCCUACCUACUCUAGAGGCACCGUGGAUCGUGAAAAGCUCGCAGCUGCUCUCAAGAGCUUCAGACAGCAAGCUCCCGUCAAUGUACCCGUCGUUAUUGCUGGCAAGACCAUCUCGAACCAGACCAAGCUCUCACAGUCCGACCCCUCGGCCCACGCCAACUCUGUUGCGUCCUACGCCAACGCCUCUUCCCAGGAUGUCUCGGCCGCUAUCGAUGCUGCUCUGGCUGCUAAGCCCGCAUGGGAGAACCUCCCCUUUGCCGACCGUGCCGCCGUCUUCCUAAAGGCCGCCGACCUGAUCGCUGGCAAGUACCGCUACGAGAUCAUGGCCGCAACCAUGGCUGGCCAGGGCAAGAACGCAUACCAGGCCGAGAUCGAUGCUGCCGCUGAGCUGUGCGAUUUCCUCCGCUUCAACGUCCAGUACGCCCAAGACACAUACGCCCACCAGCCUACGCACAAUUCGCCCGGCGUCUGGAACAGAGUCGAGUACCGCCCUCUCGAGGGUUUCGUCUACGCCGUGUCUCCCUUCAACUUCACCGCCAUCGGUGGUAACCUUGCUUGUGCCCCUGCUCUCAUGGGUAACGUCGUUGUCUGGAAGCCUUCUCCUUCGGCCAUGGCCUCCAACUACCUUCUUUACAAGAUCCUUCUCGAGGCUGGUCUUCCCGAGGGUGUCAUUCAAUUCAUUCCUGGCGAUGCUGCCGAGGUGACCAAGGUUGUCCUCGCCCACCGUCAGUUCGCUGCUCUCCACUUCACCGGUUCUACCUCCGUUUUCCGCAGCUUGUACGGCCAGAUCGCCAACGGUGUCGCCGAGGGCCGCUACCAGGGCUACCCACGCAUCGUCGGUGAGACCGGUGGUAAGAACUUCCACCUUGUCCACCCUUCUGCCGACGUCAGCAACGCCGUAAUCAACACCGUCAGAGGUGCUUUCGAGUACCAAGGCCAAAAGUGCUCUGCCACGUCCCGCGCAUACUUCCCUGCAUCGCUGUGGAGCAGCGUCAAGGAGGGUCUGAUCUCCGAGACCGAGAAGCUGAAGAUCGGUGACCCCGAGGACUACUCCAACUUCAUCGGCCCCGUCAUCCACCAAGGCAGCUUCGACAAGCUGAGCAAGGUCAUUGACGACGCAAAGAACGACUCUGAGCUCGAGUUGCUCGUCGGUGGCAAGCACGACGGCUCCAAGGGCUACUACAUCCACCCCACCAUCUACGCCACAAAGAACCCUGCCCACCCUCUACUCAAGCAGGAGCUCUUCGGUCCCGUCUUGGUUGUCUACGUCUACGACGAUGCCGCACCCAACGCCUUUGCCAACAUUUGCAAGGACAUCGACGCCUCGUCCGACUACGCUCUGACCGGUGCAGUCUUUGCUCAGGACCGCUACGCCAUCCGCUUCGCCGAGGAGGCCCUCCGCAACGCAGCCGGUAACUUCUACAUCAACGUCAAGAGCACCGGUGCCGUUGUCGGUCAGCAGCCCUUCGGUGGUGCCAGAGCCAGUGGUACCAACGACAAGGCUGGCAGUGCUAACCUGUUGGCCCGCUUCGUCAGCAUGCGUGCCAUCAAGGAGGACUUUGUCGGCAGCAACAAGGUCGUCUACCCCAGCAACGAGGUUUAG